UGACAUAAUGCAUUACCUUUUGUGUAGAAAAACAGGAAAAAAUAGGCAUUUGUUUUUACCUGCAUCCAAUAUCUUGGGAGUUAUGCCAGAAACAGUUAAUCACGGUUGCCUCUGGGGAGAGAAACUGAGUAUCUGGGGGACAGAGCAAGAAGGGACACUUUCCAUAGUAUACUAUUUUAUAUCUUAAUAACUUUAUAUCAGAUAAAUAUAAUCUCUAUUCAAAAUAAUUUUAAAUAAACAUGAGUUAAAGUCCCUGAUUCCCCCUAGUUCCACCCUCCAGAUAUAGUCACUUUUGGCAGUUUCUUUUAUAAUUUCUCUUGACAUAUUUACAUAUUUCAUCUCAAGAUAGCUUUGAACAGUAACUACCAAACUUUCUGAAGUUAUAUAUUCUAUUACAUGCUUGAAUAUGUGCUCCAUCCUUCUAAGAAUGUCACUGAGAAUAUAUUUUUUAAAAAUUGGGUUGAUAAGAGUUAUACUUCUUGAGAUAACUUGGAUUAUGAUGGAGGGUCAUGAAGCCAGCAGUGAGAACCAACAAUGUAGGAAAUAAGACCUUGUGUAACAUCACACCACUGGUCUCUGCAUCACACUCUCAGGGUCCUUCCCUUUGGUAUAUCUAUGUCAAUGUCCUCGCUGGAAUUAUAAUAAAAAAUCCAAGCCAUGACACUAUAAUACUACACCCUGGAUCGAGUCCAAAAACAACUACCACAAUUAUUCUUUCAAAAAAAAAUUUUUUUUUUGAGACAGAGUUUCGCUCUUUAUUUUGCCCAGGCUAGAGUGCAAUGGCGCAAUCUCAGCUCACCGCAACCUCCACCUCCUGGGUUCAAGCAAUUCUCCUACCUCAGCCUCCCGAGUAGCUGGGAUUACAGGCGUGCGCCACCUUGCCUGGCUAAUUUUGUAUUUUUUAGUAGAGUCAGGAUUUCUCCAUGUUGGCCAGGCUGGUUUUGAACUCCCGACCUCAAGUGAUCCGCCUGCCUCAACCUUCCAAAGUUGCUGGGAUUACAGGCAUGAGCCACCGCACCCGGCUGAAAAAAAAUUUUUUUAAAGUACACUGUCUAAGGUACAUGUCUGGCAUAACUAUAAGAUUAUAUAUGGCGUUUCUCAAAAAAAUAUACACAAGGCUAUAUUAUAGGAAAUCUGGUAAAGAAAAUUACCCAUGAUAAAAGCACCUUGAGACAGUAGCUAUCAUAUUGGAACAAUUCCUCUCCCUUUUUUUUGUAGUUUCUACUAUGAAAUAAUAGAACAAAGAAGUCCUAUAUAUGCUUCACUCAGAUUCCGUGACCCUUGACACUUUCCAUUUUCCAUGUUCUCUCUCAAUAUAUAUACACAGCAUUACUUUUUGCCUGAACCAUUAGAGUUAAGUUGCAGAUAUACUACUCCUUUAUGCCUAAAUAGUUCCUAAAAACAAGGCCAUUCUCUAAUAUAACCACAGUAUAAUUAUCAAAACCAGGAAAUUAACAUUGAUACAGAAUUAUGAUCUAAUGUUUAGACCUUAUUCGCAUGUUGCCAAUUAUCCCAAUACUGUCCUUUACCAAAAAAAAAAAAAAAAAAAGAAUCCCCCUGGUUCACGCCAAAUCCAGGAUCACAUGUUGCAUUAAAUUGUCAUAGCUCUUUAGUCUCCUUUAAUCUAUAACAGUUCCUCAGGCUGUCAUUCAUUGUCUGUUAUAACCUUGACAUAUUUAAAGAGACUAAGCCAGUUAUUUUGUACAGUGUCCCUCUGGACAUUUAGAUUUGUCUGAUGUUUACCUAUGAUUAGACACAGGUCAUGCAUUUUUGGCAGGAAUCCACAAAAGAGGUAUGUUCUUCUCAAUACAAUAAAUAGACACAUGUCAGUUUGUCCCAUUAUUGAUGAUGUAAACUUUAUUACCUAAGAUGGCGUCUGCCAGGUUUUUUAUUGUAGUUUCUACUUUUAUCUUUGUAGUUGUUAAGCAUUUUGUGAAGAGACACUUUGAGACUAUAUAGAUAUCCCAAUCAUCAAACUUUCACCCCAUAGUUUUAGCAUCCAUUGAUGAUUCUUGGCUGAAUCAAUUGUUUGACAAAUGGUGAUUUUCUAACUAUGUAAUUCCUUCUACAUUUAUUAGUUGGCAUUCAACUUUAGGGAAGCACUUUUUCUUUCUUCCUUGUUAGUGGGGACUCACUGAUUCCUAUUUUCUUCAGUGGGUUAUGAUCCCUUAUUAUCACUUUAUUUUGAUGCUCAAAUUGUCUCAAAUUUGGUCACUGGGAGCCCCUUGAAGUUGACUCCUGUAUCAUUUUAACAUGCCCCCAUCACUUUUUGAGCCAUUCCUUACUUUCUACAACAAGGUGCUGCCAGUUCAUCUUUUUUUUUUUUUUAAUAAUUGCCACAAGGGUAUUUAAAAUGAGAUCUACCUUCUCAACAAAAUGUAGUAUUAACUAUAGACAUGAUAUUGUACAGCAGAUCUCAAGAAUUUCUUCAUCUCACAUAAAUGUAACUUUAUACUCGCUGAAUAGCAACGCCAUCUCUCUCUUCUGACAGCCCCUAGCAACCACCAUUCUAUUCUGUUUCUAUGAGUUUUAACUAUUUUAGAUACUUUUUAUAAGUAAAAUCAUGCAGUAUUUGUCCUUCGGUGACUAGCUUAUUUCACUUAGCAUAAUCUCUUCAAGGUUCAUCUCUGUUAUUGCAUAUGACAGCUAUUUCCUUCUUUUUAAAGGUUGAAUAAUAGUCCAUUGUAUGUAUAUACCAUAUUUUAUAUAUUCAUCUGUAGAUAGACAUUUACGUUGUUCCUACAUCUUGGCUAUUGUGAAUAGUGCUGCAAUGAACACAAGAGUGCAAAUAUCUCUUCUAUAUCCUGAUGUCAAUUCUUUUGGAUAAAUGCCCAGAAGUAGAAUUGCUGGGUGAUAUAGUUCUAUUUUUAAUUUGGUGAGGAAUCUCCAUAUUGUUUUCCAUAGUGGCUAUACCAUUUUACAUUCCCACUGACAGUGUACAAGGGUUCCAAUUCUUCCAAAUCCUUGCCAAUACUUGUUUUUGUUUUUUCAAUAAGUCAUCCUAACAGGUGUUAGGUGAUAGCUCAUUGUGGUUUUAAUUUGCAUUUCCUUGAUGAUUAGUGAUGUUGAGCAUCUUUUUAUAUACCUGUUGGUCCUCUGUACGUCUUCUUUGGAAAAAUGUCUAUUCAAAUCCUUUUUUCAUUUUUUAACCAGGUCAUGUGUUGUUCUGCUUUUGAAUUACAGAAAUUCCUUAUAUGUAUUUUGGAUAUUAAUUAUUUAUCAGAUACAUGGCUUGGAUUUCUCCCAUUCUGUAGAUUGCCUUUUCACUCCAUUAAUCAUUUCCCGUGCUGUGCAGAAGCUUUUUAGUUUGAUGUAUCCAUGCUCUUGUUAUAUUACCCCUGCUCAGCCCUGGAGUUGGUCAUUUCUCCAAGACACCAUGACUCCUGAGUGGACAGUGGUACUUGGAAACCAAGAUCUAGGUACUAGAUGUGUUCUUUGCUAUUGGGGCUUCCAAUCUUUUUUCAUAUGCUUUUUUUACUUAGUCAUAUUAACUAGAUAUUUGCAAUUUUGAAUCUUGUGUUUUCUACUUUUAAAUCUUUUUCAUAUUAAUACUCAAAAAUGUUUAAUGGUUGUAUAAUAUUUCUUUCAGUGGAAAUAAUAUAAUAUGGUCUUGGUUUGUUUCAUAUUUUUCAUAAUUAAAAAAACCUGGAAUAAACCUUUCUACCUCUUGAAAAUAGCCUUCUCAUAUUUAGGAUUAAAAGGAAAAUUAUUUGGUGAAAGGUUAUUGGCAAUUUAAUAACUCUUGAUACAAACUGCAAAGCUGCCCUCCAAAAGGAGUGUCCUGAUCACAAUACAGGAGAAUCAGUUUGCUUUAUUUUACACUUACUUCUAUGGGGUUAUUAUCAUUAAACUUUUAAUUUUGCUAUUUGAGAAUCAUAUAAGCAUUUCUUAGUAGUCAUAUCUCCUACCAAGAAGUACAAGAUAAUACUGCCCUUGUAGAAUGACUUAGAGUGUACUAAGGUCUUUCAUUUCCACUUAAUCCAUACCCUGUUAUUAUUUCUGUGAGGUAGGAACCUAAAUUUCAGAAAAGUGGUUUGUUCAAAGUCAUACAUCUACUAGGUAAAAUGUCUAAAAGAAGAAUGGACUCUGGCAUCAGCUUUGUGAGUCUGAAUCUUGAUUCCACAGCUGUGUAACCGUUAGGAAGUUAUUUGAACCCUCCAGCCCUCAAUUUCCUCAUGUGUAAAAGACGGAUAAUGGUACCUACCUCAUAAGGAUAUUGCGACUACGAAAUGGGUUAUUCUAUGUAAUACAUAAAAGCACUUAGAGUAGUAUCUGCCACAUAAGUCCUAUCUAAAUGUCAGCUGCUGUUAUCAUUAAGACGGUGGCAAACUACGUGUUUUCAAGGGAACUAAAUUCUGUUGCAUGUCUACGCCAAUUGUGUGAUGGAUGUUUUUACCGGGUUCUCUCAUUUAACCUUCCCAAUUCUUUGAGACAGAAUUUUAUGCUUGUUUCUGCCUAUUUUGCAGCUUAGGAAUAGUAAGUUCCGAGAAGUAAAAAGUAGUGGAAUCCCAAUGUGCAAAUAACUGAAGCUAGGAGAGCUUAAGUCACUGGACCCAGCGGCGAAGGCUGGGACUUGAACCCGGGCCUGACCCGAAAGCCGGCGCUCUAGAGGGCUACGACGAUUUAAACAGAAACAUAUCUAGAGACCAAGCGGCUGUGUUACGAAGGUAAGAUUAGGUGUUUCCUGCACCUCUGUCCCAGCACUUAAAUGUCGCCGCACGGUCUCUUUUUUUCGAGCAGAGUUUUACAAGUUUCUGGCCCGAAAACCCCCCUGUCCCUCUCCAUCCCCACAGUGGACUCCUCAGGUCCUCAGCCCUCACCCGGCCCAGUCGAGAUCCGGACAUGACCAUCUCUCGCAGCCUCAGAGAAGCCCAGACCGAGGUAAGUGAAGCCUCACAGUAAAAACAAUUAACCGCCGUGGGCUCCCGGACCUUCUUGGCACGCCCCCCGAGCUUCCGCUUCCGGAAAGGAUCACGCCGAAGGCCGCACUUCAUAGUCUCCGACGCACCUCCAAGCCCUUUCUCCUGCUCUAGGCCCAGCGCCUUGGACGUGCACAGUAGAUCCCUCCCAGCUUCCCGGCUUCCCGUCUCGUCACCCUCUGCUCAGAACCUGAGGACCCAGCCAUGGAGCGGUCGGCCUUCAUGGAGCUGGAUGCUGGGAGCAGGCUGGUGAUGCGUCUCCGCGAGCGGCCAGCCCUGCUGGUCAGCAGCACGGGCUGGACAGAGGACGAAGACUUCUUCAUCCUGCUGGCAGCUUUAGAAAAGUUUGAACAACUGACUCUUGAUGGACACAACCUUCCUUCUCUCGUCUGUGUGAUAACAGGCAAAGGGCCUCUGACGGAGUAUUACAGCCGCCUCAUCCACCAGAAGCAUUUCCAGCACAUCCAGGUCUGCACCCCCUGGCUGGAGGCCGAGGACUACCCCCUGCUUCUAGGGUCGGUGGACCUGGGUGUCUGUCUGCACACGUCCUCCAGUGGCCUGGACCUGCCCAUGAAGGUGGUGGACAUGUUUGGGUGCUGUUUGCCUGUGUGUGCCGUGAACUUCAAGUGUUUACAUGAGCUGGGGAAACAUGAAGAAAAUGGCCUGGUCUUUGAGGACUCAGAGGAACUGGCAGCUCAGCUGCAGAUGCUUUUCUCAAACUUUCCUGAUCCUGCGGGCAAGCUAAACCAGUUCCGGAAGAACCUGCGGGAGUCGCAGCAGCUCCGAUGGGAUGAGAGCUGGGUGCAGACUGUGCUCCCUUUGGUUAUGGACACACAACUCCUGGGCCAGAGGCUAAAACCCCGGGACCCCUGCUGUCCUUCCCGCAGCUUCUUCUCAGAGUCUCAGGGCAAACCCUUUUGAGCAGCGCCUCCCAGUGGCCAGAAGCUGAAAUGACGGCAGUGGUGCUGCCUGGUGAAUGAAUUGGUUCUGUGACCCGGGAAGCUGCGCUUGGCUCUGAUUUCUUUUCUGGAGGCUCGGAAACACUUCCUGUCUUCUUCUGUUCUUCACACCCCAUGCCCCUGCUAGUGUAUUACUGUUCUGUGACUUCCCUGUGACCUCUGCAGUACUCCUCAUCCUGCGUUUGGUCUCCAGGUGUCACCUUUCUGCCGUGUUCCUAACAUUUUGAUUC